AUGCAUGGUGAUGCAAAUUCAGGAUAUAGUCAAGAAGCUUGUAAAGGUGUUAUACUCGUGGAUUACAUGGUGAAUGUGGAAUUCGCAAGACAGAAAUUGAAAUGUAAUAUUAAUGGGACGAGUAAAGGCAAUCCAUGUCUUAGUUCAUAUGGAUUUUGUUUGAGGAUUGAUGGAGGAGACCAUAUAUCUGUAAAAGUCAAGGGCAUAGGGAUGGCCAUGAAUACUGAGGCUGAGUCGAUGGAUAUUCAAGAUGCACUAGAAUACUGCCACGAGAAGAACCUGAAUGAGGUAACUAUUGAAACAAAUUCAUUAGUUGUGAGGAAUAUUAUUCAAAGACAGUGGAUAAUACCAUGGGAGAUUACAGAGAAAGUUGAGAAGAUCAUCAUGAUUAUGCAGUUGUUGGAUGCAUGUAUGGUUCAUACAUUCAGAGAAGACAAUACUUUAGCGGAUGCAUUAGCAAAUCAAGUGGUAGAAUCGCAAGGGACAGAGAUGUACAUGGACAAAGCUCAAGUGCCAACAUCAUAA